CAAUGCAGGUGCUCCUCACUGUAGAAGCGGAAUCACAUUUCUUUGAUAUAUACACAAACUCAAGCAGUUCCUGGGCUUCGGAUAGUAAGGCUUUCUUGUUUGUUAUAGGGCUGCAUGAUAAUCCUGGCAGAAGACGGGUGCUCACGGCAGAAAUGCAGUUUUCAACUGCAAAGAAAUAAAACGUUUAAUUAUAUCCCUAGACUAUAAAGCGCUGUGCGAUGGCUAUGAGCAUUGCACUCUCAAUCUCAGUCGAAAACACGUCUGUUAAGGCAGGACAAAACCAGAUGUGACACCUAGAAUGCCGCUGACCCAAGACUAAUGAUGAGAUGAUGAGUUAUUUGGGGGAAAUAGUUUGCAGUCUGAUUGCGCCACUUGGGGUGGCUCCCGUGUAAUUUAACUUCACACUAACGUGGAAGGAUUCACGUGCCGCCAGCAGAUGGCCACAGCGGUCGAAGUACCUACUCACUAUUUGAGCCUCUUGGUGUCUGGCUACCAAAACAAGAACACAAGGCUGCAGUCUGUCAGAUAAGGACUGCUGCAGAGACGGCUAAGUUCUGCAAGGACCAGCAAUGGAUGGUCAGCCGCACUUAUAAAGAACACUGAAAGAAUCCCCUUUUUUGCAGAGAGAAGCUGAUUUAGUUGGCUACUCCUGUCCGGUGCUCAUUGUAAAGUUGAGAUAGAGUUAAACACUUAUUCAUUCAGUGAAGUUUAUGCGACGGUACUCAGCUCUGAACUGGAGGUGAAGAUGUACAACAGUAGCUUUUCGCGAUCAGCAUUUGGGUUAGAGAUCAAGGACAAUCCCAAAUCUAAAGGCAAGAGCUGCGGUUACUACGUCAGGAUAAUCUUUUUAUUCUCUUCACUGAUUCAAUCGCUCAUCAUCGCCAGCCUGGUGCUGUUCUUGAUAUACGGGCAACCAAAGCAGUCAGCGGAGGAGAAAAGAGCUCAAGACCUAGAGGAGAGUUUUCGGUAUGUCAGCGCACAGAACUAUGUACUCAAGCAACAAGCAAAAACCCUGAACGAGACCCUCCAAAAGGCAAUCACGGAGAAGCAUCAGUGUGAAAGAAAAUGCGAGCGAUGUCCCGCACCCAAAUGUCCGAUCCUGUCUCCACCGAUCAACAUCCCUAAUCCUGAUAUUGGUCUGAGGAGCAAGAACCAACAGCUUGAAAUUAUGAUGAAACAAGUAAAAAUCAACUUCACCCAAACAGUGCAAGAUCUCAAAAGUAAGAUGGAUGUGAUUGCCAGGGUUCGAGACAAAUUGCAGGUGGAUAAGACAAAUAUGGAGGAAACAUUACAAUUAUACAGUAAAAUCUGCAAGGAGGACUUUGCAACACCCUUGAAGGGCAUCCAGGAUGUUACCAAAACAUUCUUAUUAAGGAUCGAAAACUUGUUCCGACACAACACUUUCUAUCUCACUUUCGACAAACAGCAGGCAAAAAUUGACCAGAUUCGCUCCACCUGCACCAACUUCUCCAAAGACAUGGAGGACAAGUUCCAGAAUUAUCUCGAUAGUGUUGGGGGGAAGGUAUCUGAGAUCCAGGAGCACCGCAGCAAGCUGAUGAUGGAAAACAAGCACCUGAUGGAACAGUGUAGCCGCAAACGCUCCAGCGACACAGAGGAGCGCAGCCCAGUGCCGCAGAACCAUGGUUCUAGAGUAAAGAGGCAGUUACAGAAGAUGGAGACUCCGGAGCAGGGCAGGCCAGAAAGAGCAAUGCACUUACUGGAUUCCAAGCUCAAGUUAACGGACAUGAUUAAUAUUCCCCCAGACAAUGUCUAGUUGCUUGUAUACGUGUCUGUGUGUGUAUAUAAGUUCUGUAUAUAUAUCUCACCAAGGUAAGAUUACUGUUAAAGGUAAAAGAGGCAUCACAUUACAUGCAUACAAAAACAUUUCUGUGGAUGCAUAACACAAUUAAAAUGAAUAAUUUUCUGUAAAUCGAAUAGCUAGUUAUUACAGAGUAAAUUUUGCUGCCUUGAAAUAUUAUUUGAAGCUUUUAAUGUUCUUCAAUCGAUUUUUUUUACUUGUAACAGUUUGAAUCCAUUUAGUUUUUUUUUGUGUAAAAGAGUGAAAAACUGUAAUCAUUCACGACAGAUCAGUACCUUCGCAUGGUGUCUUAUACCUUCAGUAUGUCAUAGAUCAUCAUAGAUUUUUAUACAGUUGAGGUUGAGAAGGUCUAGGACAGGGUACUGGAGAGGAGGGUCCAUCCAAUGAACCUCAGAACCAGGAGGGACAAUGUGGGGUCCAUCCUGUUCGCAGACCACUGGACCAGCUCACAAGGAUACUGGAGGGUUUGAUGGAAUUUGCCCAGCCAGUCUACAUGUGUUUUGUGUUCUUGGAAAAGGCAUGUGACCAUGUCCCUUGGGGGGUCCUGUGGGGGGUACGGGGUCCAUUGUUGUGGGCCAUCAGCUCCCUGUAUAAACAGCGAGAGUUUGGUUCAGAUUGCCGGUAGUAAGUCUGACUCGUUUUUGAUGGGUGCUGGACUCCACCAAGGCUGCUCUUUGUCACCGAUUUUGUUCAUAACAUUUAUGGACAGAAUUUCUAGCCAUAGCCUAGGGCUUGAGAGGUUCUGGUCAGGGGAUCUGGGGAUUGUGUCUUCGCUCUUUGCAGAUGAUGUGGCCCGGUUUGCGCCUUCGCAUUGUGACUUGCAGCACGCGCUGAGGCAGUUUUCAGCUGAGUGAGGCGGCCGGCAUGUAGAUCAGCACCUCCAAUCUGAGGCCAUGGUUCUAGCCUAGAAAAGGGUGAUUUGCCCUCUCCUGUUGGGGGAUGAAGUAGGGAGCGGGACAUCGACAGAUAGAUUUGUGGGUAAGAGGAAGGUCUGGGUAUCCCUGCUUAGACUGCUGCGCACGGCCCGACCACGGGUAAGCUGCAGAAAAUGGAUGGAUGGAUGGAUGGAUGGAUAUAAACACCGGUAAUCUGUGGUAGGUCUUGGAAUGUGUCACCUGUGGAUGUUUGGUUUUUGGUCCAUAUCCAGUGUUGCCAACUACUUUGAAUGAAAAGUAGCUAAAGUCUGCUCGGAAAGUCAUGAAAUGACGUCAUACGCCAAUUAGCAAAUUGGUGACAUCUUGUUGUCACAUAGUAUUUGUAUUCUGCCUAGUGUCAGUCAGCCAUUCAAAUCUGUUUGCUUUUUGGCUACUCUCUCUGCUCACAUAUACUGUGCUUUAAUAGAGACAAAUCAUUUAAAGUUUUUCUGUUUCUGUUGUCAGAUAAUGGAACAAAUAUGAAAUAGUGACUGAAACGCAGCUGAUUAAGACGACGUUAACCAGCAAAGACCUUCCACCCCAUUUUCAAGCUGCUGCUAGAAAUUCUGAUUUUAUAAAACUGAGAUGCUAUCUGACAAAAAUCACGAUACACAUAAAUAAAAAGAGACAGCUGUACUGUGAUUUUGCCUAUAUUGACAUGCAAAUGAUCACUCAGAAAGUUAGUUAUAUUCGUCCAGUCACCACAUUUGUCGCUGGUUGCUUUUUUGAGGAAAAAAAAGUCGCCAAAUCUGAUAAAAAUACAUGUAAAAAUUCAUGAUCUGCUCUGUAAUUUUCUCAUUUCAACUUUGUGGAAAUCAAGCUUAUCUUGAAAAUGUGUAGCAGCCACAUUACACAUUCUCUGGAAUGAAAGAUUCUCCACUGCAAAACUCAGUGUAUUUCAGAAGUCAGAAGUCUAAUGGCAGGCAAGUUUAAGAGGCUCUCGCUGGAUAUCUUUGAGUUUUAUGACAUAAAAAUGAUGCAGUUUUUAUUGUCAUGCAUAUCUGGAACAACAUCUACUCACAUACUUUUUUAUGAAGUAAGAAUUGUUUUAUUUCUGAUCUCAUCUAACUUAUAAACAUUACACAUGCUGUACUUUAUUCACUCCUUCCUAUUUCUAUUCACUCAUUAUUUCAUUUUUACUAAUGGCUUAGUGACCUAGUUUUAAUGCUCAGAACAGUUUGAACAUUGAUUUAUUCUGUGCUGAAAUAUGAACUGCAGAAAUAUGAAUUUUGGGUUUAUUCACGGCAGUACAGUUCUGAAAACCGUACUGCGCAUGUAACAGUCCUUUGAUUUUACUAUUACGAAUCGGCCAUUUAUGCAUGGAAGAUGGAGUCUUUAUAUGUUAUUCUUAGAUUUGUUGAAUGUACUGUCAAUCUUUUCUGUUGUAUUUGCAGACUAAUUCUUUACUAAUUUACUUUAAUUGCUUUUCAUUAAUUGUUAAUCUCAUUUACCCUCAUUACUAAAUCAGCAAUACGGUAUGUAGCAGAAUGGCAAUAUGAAUAUCUGCAGAGCUUCGCUUCGUGCUUCAUUACAUCAUGUACAAGCUCUUUAUUUUUCUCUUUACUGAAUUACAGUCAUAUGUGAAAUAAAUGAAGUUGUAUUAAUAAAUAGAAUCCAUGUCUCAUGUUUAAUAAAAAUAAAGAAAUAAAA